UAAUGGCCUAACUAAGGCUAUAAAAUAGAUGUUCCUCUUCUGUGUUAACUUCAGCUGCAUGGAACACAAGAAGAUCCAGCAGGUAUUCUGCACGCUGUAGAUGGACACUAUCGUCGAUUUGGAGAUUGCGGAUGAACCUUCAUUUUGUUUCAGUUCCAUCAAUACAUCAUGUGUGAAGAUCGAUUAUCGACUGGAAGUCCGGAUUUUGCUCUACAUCCUCUUUAGCACUUCUUCUCUAAUCACUGUGAUCGGAAACCUGCUUGUGAUUAUAACCGUUAUACAUUUCAGACAAUUGCAAACAUCAACUAAUUACCUGGUUCUCUCUCUGGCUGUUGCUGAUCUGCUUGUAGGAGGAAUUGUGAUGCCUCCUAGCAUGAUACGCUCUGUGGAAACCUGCUGGUAUUUAGGAAGCACCUUCUGUAAAAUACACAGCAGUUUGGAUGUCACUGUGUGCACUGCGUCCAUUUUUAACCUGUGUAUUAUUUCUUUAGAUCGUUAUUACGCCGUAUGUCAUCCGCUUCUGUAUCACAGUAAAAUGACUCCUGAAACUGUUCGAUUCAUGAUCGUCGUGUGUUGGAGCAUUUCUGUUUCCGUCGGGUUCGGCAUGAUAUUUCUGGAGCUCAAUAUUCUUGGAAAUGAAGAUUUUUAUUACAAUAACUUUGUGUGUGAAGGCACCUGCAUGGUAUUCCAAGCCAGAGUUGGAGCCGUUGUGUUUUCCAUGCUUUGUUUUUACAUCCCCGCGGUGGUCCUGCUUUGUUUGUAUGUGAAAAUCCUCCACACUGCACAAAGACAAGCUCGUGCAAUUCAAUCCACGAACACACAGAUGAUGAAAGCUGAGGAAAAAAACAGGAUGAGCAAAUCGGAAAGAAAAGCUACGAAAACAUUAGCCAUAAUUAUGGGAGUUUUUUUGACCUCCUGGGUGCCAUUUUUUAUCUGCAACUGCAUAGAUCCAUUUACUGGAUAUUCAAUUCCUUCACUUGUGUUUGACGUCUUCCUUUGGGUCGGAUAUUUUAAUUCCACGUGUAAUCCGAUUGUGUAUGCGUUCUUCUACAGCUGGUUCAGACACGCUUUUAGAGUCAUUCUGUCUGGGGGAGUAUUUCAGCCGAAUUCCUCACACACACGAUUGUUUUGA